GAAAGGGAGAAUGAGUACGCGUUCUCCAUCUGACAUUGAGGAUCUCAGAUGUGACACUGGUUAACCACUGUCCCAGUGUCGCGGAGCACGUGGUCAUCUUUGGUUCUGAUGCUGUGACCACUUUCACGCGCCGUGCAUUUAGGGGUGUGUUCACGAUGUACUAGCAAGUCUGGAUCGGAAUUUUCCUCAGCCUGCCAUUGAAACGCCACACACUAACCGUGGCGCAGCAGGCCGACUGCACGGCAAAAUAUGUAGGCUAGAAGGACACAGAGGACGGCGCGACUCGGUGUAGGCGGGUAAAUGGGAAAUCUGAUGGGCAGUUUGCGCUACAAGGAGCCGAGAACUGUGGAGGAAUGCGACUCGACAUGGGAGUCAGACUCGGAAAGCGACGAGCAGCCGGGUGAUGAGGACAGCGGGAUAUCGGAGUGUGUCAGCCGGUUUGAGACAGGGAGAUGCGGCGAACAGGCGAACAUGUCCCCGAAGCCCUCUGACUCUAAGUCCAGCACCAAGAUGAAGAGGAGUUUUUAUGCUGCAAAGGAUCUUUACAAAUAUCGCCACAGCUAUCCAAACUACAAGGCGCCCCGGCUACCUAAUGACUACCGCAACCUCCGCUUCUACCUGAACAAGAUCCCUCUAAUACCAGAUGGUAUCUUCAUUGAGGAGAUCCUGACCAAAUGGAGAGGAAAUUAUGACAAACUGGAGCACAAUCACACCUACAUACAGUGGCUUUUCCCUCUGAGGGAGCAAGGGCUCAACUUCUAUGCUCAAGAACUCACUCAGGAGGAGAUCAAGGAAUUCCAAAGCACUCGGGAGGCCAAGCGGCGAUUUCUGCUGGCGUACACACUCAUGCUGGAUUUUUACGGGAUCAAACUCCUGGAUAAAAGUGGAAAUGUCGCCCGAGCUUCCAAUUGGCAAGAACGCUUUCAGCACCUCAAUGAUUCCCAACAUAACUAUCUGCGGAUCACACGCAUCCUCAAGUCUCUGGGCGAGCUGGGCUUUGAGGCCUUCAAGGCUCCCCUGGUGCGUCUGCUGCUGGACGAGGCUCUGUGCCGGGGCACCCUGCCCAACAUGCUGCACAGCACCCUAGAGUAUUACGUCUACACCAUCCGCCUCCGCUCCCACCGCCGCAGCCUGCUCCGACCUCAUUGUUUAACUGCCUCUAUUGUCAUCUGGGCUAAGAUGACGCAAUUUGGGAGGGGACGGAGGAUUGGCACGAGAAACAGGAAUGAGGAGAGGAACUAACUGUAAAUGCUGGAAACUCUUCAAAUGUUUGACUUCCAUAUACAAUGUAUAGUGGUCUGUUUCAGGGAUAGAUGCAUCUCUCUCUCUCUCUCUCUCUGUCUGCGUCCACCCUUGUAACUGACUUGUCUUUGGAUGUGUAAAGGUUCCAUACAUAAGUAUGUUUUGUAACUUGUAUCAAUUCUUAUGAUUUGUAUAGAAAGUGUAUGGAUACAUUUUUUACCGUAUUAAAAUAUGGCAGGUCAAAAGGAA